AGCGAACACGUAGCCAUGGGGGCGUGGCUGCGCGUUCCCGUUAGCACGGCGCCACACCCCUCCCAAGAGUGGGCAGGAGGAAGGGGACCCCCUGCUAAUUCUGGGGUCCUCGCCACCUGCCACUCUAGCUUUGAGAUCUUCCUCCUGCAGCCUGCAGGCGCAGUGCAAAGAGAGAGAAGGAAGGCGCAUGGCGGAGAGGAAGUGGGCGUACGCCCGGAGAGGGAGGGCUCACGGGAGAGAGGGUGGACGCACAGUCGGAGGGGGCAGGCACAGCGUCGGAGUGGGUGGGCACAGGGCCGCAGUGGGUGGGCACAGAGCCGGAGGGGCAGGCACACGGCCGGAGGGGGCGGGCACAGGGCCGGAGUUGGAGGGUAUAAGGCUGGAGUGGGAGGGCGCACAGCCAGAGUGGGUGGGCACAGGGCUGGAGGGGCGAGUGCCCAGAGACCUCUGUUCAGGAAGCCGCCGAAUUGUGAAUCACGGGUAGCGAUGGCGUCCUCCGUCGUCCUUCACACCGGGCAGAAGAUGCCUGUCUUGGGGCUGGGUACCUGGAAGAGUGAGGCUGGGCAGGUGAAGGCCGCUAUCAAAUACGCUUUGAGCGUUGGCUACCGCCACAUCGACUGUGCUGCCAUCUAUGGAAAUGAGGUGGAGAUUGGCGAGGCCUUGAAGGAGAGUGUUGGGCCCGGCAAGGCUGUUCCCCGGGAAGAAGUGUUUGUGACCUCCAAGCUAUGGAAUACCCAGCACCAGCCGGAGGACGUGGAACCCGCCCUCAGGAAGACCCUGGCCGACCUCCAGCUGCAGUAUCUGGACCUCUACCUGAUGCACUGGCCCUAUGGCUUUGAGGGGGGGGACACCCUCUUCCCUAAGAAUGAAGAUGGAACAAUGCGCUAUGACACCAUCAGCUACAAGGAGACUUGGAAGGCAAUGGAGGCAUUGGUGUCCAAGGGGCUGGUGUGGGCCCUGGGCCUCUCCAACUUCAACAGCCGCCAGAUUGACGACAUUCUCAGCGUGGCCACUGUGCGGCCUGCCGUGCUCCAGGUGGAGAGCCAUGCUUACCUGGCCCAGAAUGAGCUAAUUGCUCACUGCCAUGAGCGGGGGCUGGAGGUGAUAGCCUACAGCCCCCUGGGCUCCCCGGAAAGAACCUGGCGAGACCCAUCGGAGCCAGUCCUGCUGGAGGAGCCUGUUGUCCUGGAGCUGGCCAAGAAGCAUGGGAAGUCACCGGCCCAGAUCCUGCUCAGGUGGCAAGUCCAGCGGAAGGUGAGCUGUAUUCCCAAAAGCAUCAACCCUUCCCGUAUCCUGGAGAACCUGCAGGUUUUUGACUUCACCCUGACGCCAGAGGAGAUGAAGCGGAUGGGGGCGCUGAAUAAGAAUUGCCGGUACAUCGUGCCCAUGAUAACGGUGGAUGGGAAGCGGGUCCCGAGAGAUGCAGGACAUCCUCUGUAUCCCUUCAAUGAGCCCUUUUAAGGCCUGGCCUCUUUCAGAUUUCGUGUAGCCCAGACAGGAGGCAGCAUCAAUAUACUCAUUAUAGCCUCUGUGA